AUGACUAACGAAGAAAGAGAAGUAACCCCGCAGGCAACAAACCCCGAGGUCCACGCCACUACUUCAUACGCGCCGCAGCUACCCGAGUGCAAGAAUGACGACGUGGAAAUGUGGUUCGCACUCGUCGAGGCAGUUUUUACAGCAUCGCGAAUAACUUCGGAGAAAACAAAAUACGCGAUGAUUUUACCAAAGCUACCGACCAGCGUGGCAAUGGAAGCUCGCGAUCUCAUAUUAGGCGAACCAGGAGAUGCACCAUACACGACUUUCAAAACCGAAAUUUUGAAAAGACUUGGGACCACCGAGGACCAAAGAACGCGCCGGCUCCUGGAAAGUGAAGAGAUGGGUGACCAAAAGCCGUCCCAGUUCCUGCGCCGCCUGCAACAUUUAGCGGGCAAAAAUAUGUCAGAAUCAACAGUGCGCGCCUUGUGGAAAGGACGUCUGCCGCGAGAGCUACAGGCUAUCCUGGAGAUCGUCAAAGAUCAGCCACUCGAGAAAGCAGCGGAGAUAGCGGACGCCUCCAUCGUGCAUAUGCCGAUCCGCCCCAGCCUAGCGGAGGUAAACCGAACAGCGCCGAAGCAAGAGGACUCCUUGGUGGAAGAGAUGAGGAAGCUUAGUGCGGCAUUUCACCAGGAAGUCGCUACGAUGAAGAGGGAGAUGGCAGCAGUGAGAGCAGGACGCGAUCCGGUGCAGAACAAUUCUAGUUCCCAGAAGCACAAGCAACGACGCUCCAGAUCCCGCUCGCGUUCAAAUUCAAGAAGUCAACGUCCCGCGGACUUGUGCUGGUAUCACUGGAGAUUCGAUACCAAAGCCACUCGGUGUACAACCCCUUGUGUUAAGUCCCCGGGAAACCAGCUGGGAGGUCGUUAA